GAUUGCUCGAAGCACGCAAGAAGACGCCGCUAUCUUUCAACAGACAAGUUGGGAUUCAAUUCCAAUCAUGGUGAUGAAGUUCAGAUUUCAUUACUCGUAAGAAAUGAAGCCAUGCCUGCAAACGUGAAUGGCGUACAUAUAGCUGCUAUUGACGCCAUUCACGUUUACAGUUGGGCCUCUGGACGUAGGCGGAUGGCACAAACUGAUGUAGGCGACAAUAAGGACCAGCAGGUGGCUACUCUCGAAGAGGCAGAGAGUGGGCAUAGAUCGAGCGUGGCCACCAAUGACUGGGAAGGAAUCCUAUUGCGUCACACGAACCAGCUUCAUCUCAGUUUCAUCCAUCGGCUCGUUAACACUGCUCGUGCAAUUUGUGGUGCUAUUGAAGAUUUUUCAAGGACGUCGGAAACGUCUUCUGUAGAAUGUUAA